CUUUACCUCCUGGCAGUACUGCAGGAGGUGUACCCAGAGCUGCAGAUCACCAACGUAGUGGAGGCCAACCAGCCAAUCAGCAUCCAGAACUGGUGCAAGAAGGGCCACAAGCAGUGUCGCAGUCACAUGCACAUCGUGGUGCCCUACCGCUGCCUGGUGGGAGAGUUUGUGAGUGACGCCCUGCUCGUGCCUGACAAGUGCAAGUUCCUGCACCAGGAGCGCAUGGACCAGUGUGAGAGCCACCUGCACUGGCACACCGUCGCCAAGGAGUCCUGUGGAGACCGCACCAUGAAUCUCCACGACUACGGGAUGCUGUUGCCGUGCGGUAUCGACCGUUUCCGAGGAGUCGAGUUUGUGUGCUGUCCGGCAGAGGCGGAGCGAGACGCCGACAGCGCCGAGAAGGACGCUGAUGAUUCCGAUGUCUGGUGGGGUGGAGCGGAGACUGAUUACUCUGACAACAGUAUGGUGCGGGAGCCGGAGCCAGUGGAGCAGCAAGAGGAAGCGAGGCCAUCUGUGGUGCAGGAGGACGAGGACGAGGAAGAGGAGGAGGAGGAGGAGGUAGCCCCGGAAAAGAACGAGGAAGCAGCAGCAGAGGAUGAGGACGAGGAAGAUGAGGAAGAGGACGUGCUGGAUAACGACCAGGAUGGAGACGGAGAGGAGGACGAAGAGGCAGUGGAGGAGGAGGAGGAGGAAGACGAGGACGAGGAGGAGGGAGAUGACGUCGUGCUCGACACAUUUGAAGAUGACGCCGACGAGCCCACCACCAACGUUGCCAUGACGACCACCACCACUACCACCACCACCGAGUCUGUGGAGGAGGUUGUCAAAGAUGUGUGCUGGUCCAAUGCAGAGACCGGUCCGUGCCGGGCCAUGCUGCCCCGCUGGUUCUUUGACCCCCAGGAGGGCCGCUGUGCUCAGUUUAUCUACGGCGGCUGCGGAGGCAACAGGAAUAACUUUGACUCAGAGGAGUACUGCCUGUCUGUGUGCAGCAGCGUCAGUAAGUCUCCAUUAGCAGCCGGUGUGUCUCUAACCCUCGCUUUUAACUCCCUUCCUGAAAUAAAUCCCCCCGCCCUUCCUCUGCCCCUCACCACCUGUCAUCUUCUGCUGCAGCCUCGCCACGUCUUCAGCCUGCUGAAGAAGUACGUUCGUGCCGAGCAGAAGGACCGACAGCACACCCUCAAACACUACGAGCACGUCCGCAUGGUGGAUCCCAAGAAGGCUGCGCAGAUCAGACCUCAGGUAGUGACCCACCUGCGCAUCAGUGAGGAGCGUAUGAACCAGUCUAUGGAUCUCCUCUACAAGGUGCCCGGGGUGGCCGACGACAUCCAGGACCAAGUUGAGCUCCUGCAGAGGGAGCUGGCGGAGAUGGCCCAGCAGCUGGCCAACAUGCAGACGGACGUGAGGGUGAGUUACGGCAACGACGCCCUGAUGCCGGACCAGGAGCUGGGAGACGGUCAGAUCGAGCUGCUGCCCCAGGAGGACUCGCUGAACCUGGGGGGGGUGGGCUUCAUCCACCCUGAGAGCUUCAACCAGCCCAACACAGAGAACCAGGUUGAGCCAGUGGACUCUCGCCCCAAUUUUGACCGAGGCAUUCCCACACGACCAGUGACUGGAAUGAAGAUGGAGGCGAUGCCCGAGCUGAGGAUGGAGACGGAGGACAGACAGAGCACCGAAUACGAAGUCCACCACCAGAAACUGGUCUUCUUCGCAGAGGACGUUGGCUCCAACAAGGGCGCCAUCAUUGGCCUGAUGGUGGGAGGCGUCGUCACCCCUCCCCCCCCCCCUCUUUUGGCUCCCUUCCAGGUGGACGCGGCCGUCACCCCCGAGGAGCGCCACCUGUCCAAGAUGCAGCAGAACGGCUACGAGAACCCGACCUACAAGUUCUUCGAGCAGAUGCAGAACUGAGGAGAAUGUCACACACAUUUAACACACACACACACACACAUCUCCUCCCACACAUCAAACACCUCCCCUCUCUCCUUCCUCCCCUAUGUCUCCAAAUAAGGCAGGUCAUUGUGACUGAAAUAGUCAGUUACGACGAUCAAACGGAGCGACUGUAGCCAGGGGUUCCUUGCGUUCCCUCCUGGGCGGGACCGCGUUCGUUCACGUCAUCGGAGCGAGACGCCUUUUAAUCAAAGCCCCGUGUUUUUAUGUAGCUCCGCCUUGGCCUGCUGAUGUAUGAUAUAAAAGAAGGCCCGCCCAGUGCAGAGAAACAAACCCACCCGUUGGGGAAAGGAGCGCUUUCUCUCCCCACUGAUUCAGGGUUGGUGUGUUGUUGGGUUCUUCAGUGUCCGAGGUGUGGAGAAUCUGACCUCUGAUCAGUGGGAUUUAAGACGCAUGCUGACCCUGGGCUUCAUUUAGAAAAAAGAGCCACAUCAUUAGUUGUCUCAUAUUCUUUUUACUGAUUAUACAUAAUAAAAUAUAGGCUUAAAUCAAAGAUAUUUUUCUAAAUGAAGCCCCUCACUACUGCACUCACUCUACAGUCUACACUGGAGUAUCCCCCCCCUCCUCCUCUUCCUCCUCCUCCUCCCUCCAUUUUCUUUUAAUUUUUACGACAGCUGGGCUGUGUUAAGUCACACGAGGCUCUUAAGGAUAUUCAGAGACGCUGAUAUUAAAGAGUAUGCUGACGACGGUAGUAGUUAUGUAUUCUGAAUGAGCUGUUUUUUUUAUUUUUCUCUUUUAGUUUCCAGUUUUGUUUUUCAAAAAAGAUUGAAGAAAACAGAGGAUUAAAAAAAAAAAUAUGUAAAGUCCUUUUUUUAAAUUGCGUGUAAUGUUACUGAAGUAAUGCUGAAGUCUUAGCUGUUCCUAUGUAGUGCAUGACAACAGGAUUCGGAAAAAAACACACAAACAGAUCUUAACGCUGCUCUCUCCUGAGAUCAUUUCUCACAUAUAGAUUGUCAUUCUAGCAAGAUUGUACAUUUAGUAUCUUCUCGUGAUCACGUGACUUCAAACGAUGAAAAAUAUAUAUAAAUCUAGAUGAACGGGCUCUGCUUUGAUAUCAUGGAAAAUACACAUUUAAAAAGAGAUCUGUGAUUUUGGGAUUUAAGUGUGUUUUUCUUGUCUUUUUUCUUUGUUCCCGACGCUUCAUCUCUGUUUGCGUUUCCACGGAGAUAUAUUGAUCCUUAUGCAUCAUUUUUUGUUGAAUUCAUGUUAUGUUGUUAGUGUGAAAGGGGCAUGUUGUGGGUGUGAAGGUGACAGGGACGGGAAAUUGAAAAAUAAACGGGAGGUAUCCGGCAUGGGGGAUGGGCUAUGGGAUUACGUGUGUGUUUUGUCAUUUUCAGUCUGGUGUUUCGUCCAGUUGUAAGCCAACACCGUCUUUUAUUUUGUAAUGAUUCUUGCUGAUAGAAUAAGUGGAGAGCUGAGAGGAGGUGAGGAAGAGAGGGAAUGACUUGCAGUUACGGUUGAAUAGCCUGGCCUGCAUAUAUAUAUAAUGGAUUUUCACUCCUCUCCUUCCUUCCUCCCUCCCUUCCCCUUCCCUUUCCUUCAGGCAUGCUUUACCAUCAACACACUCCUUACUGUCGCCUGUAUACAUAUGAUGGGCAUUGAGAGAGAUUACAGCAAGUCAGGGAAUAAAACAAUCUCCCGUUCAUCUCCAUACAGUCAUACUAAAGGUUUGUCCCCAUGUUAACAUUACAUUGAAAGAAACGCAGUGAGGAGAUGGUGGGUUUUUAUGAAGGCUGCAGUGGGGUGGGUCCUUUGGUUUUCACAGUGUGCUCAUGAGACGCCCAGCAGAGGGCAGUAGAGUAGACGAGGAAGCAGGAUUUUCUUUCUAUUGUUUUUUUUUUCCUUCUCUGUGGGGUUAUAUUAUAUUGGUUUUGUUUUCCACUGUAAUAUUGUGCAGGCCAUUUGCAUCUACUGGGAAAACGCUUUCUACACUGUAUUCCAUAAUAAAGUUUUGAAUGUACAUACAGA